AUUCCAACCGUACUAGUCUCGUUAGUAUACGUUUGAGAGCAUCGAGACGACGAGCGAGAGGAAGACCCCUUUACCGGCCCUCCUUCUGUGCUCUCUCCGAUUCGAACCCUAGCAAACCAAGCGGAUGAUCUCCUUCUCCCGCUUUCCAUUCUCCUACGAUUUCUCGAAAUCUUCCAUUCUUCUCGCUGCUGCCCGCAAUCGCCCGGACGCAUAUCUCCUCUCCUCCCGCCCCGCCCCUAAAUCGAUUUCGACCAGGAAAACCCUCCACGAAUUGGGCGCUCGGUUGCCCUUCGCCCCGCCUUGCAGGCCCUCCUACCACGUGAGAAGUGGAUAUUCGUUGAGAAGCCGGCGCCUUGGUGGGUCUUCCAUUGUGGUUCGAAUCUAGGGCAUUCGUGGGUUGAAGAAAAGUCGCGUCUUUACGUUUGUCGCGCGCCUUUCCUCGAUUGGUUCUCGGACUACUCGGCGUUGGGACCGUAGGGUUUGCUUCUGUUUAAUCCCGGGGUUCAAUUCUAACUGCUGGGCUCUGCUUUCUUGGAACUAUACGGUGAAUGGUGAGCUUUUGUGCUUGUGGGGUAUUCAGUAGCUUGUGAGCGGUUGGGAGUGGCUUUUCGCAGCUGAAUUAGAUUUGGUGAACUGAGUUGAGGUUGCAAUCCAAAUGGAGAGGGUGCUGGGGUGAGCAGGGGAAUGAGGUAGUUAUCGGAAGAGAGAUGAAGUGGAUAUGAGUAGGCUGUCAUUCCGGCCUCGUCCUCUUGACAUCCACAAGAAGCUCCCUGUUGUAAAAUCUGUUAAAGAUUUUGAGGAUGAUGAGGCACCUACUAUCACCACUUCCACCCGAAACUCUCUGCCACAUCGGCUUGCAGCUAACAAUGACAAUGAGGCGAAUCAAACUCCUGGCAAGAAAAGUUCACAAGAAAUUCCUACUCCUCAAUUCAACACUGUGGAAUCAUACGAAAGAGAUUAUUCUCGCACCUUCAUUCAAACUGCAUCUUAUAUACGUGGAAGAGGAGCCAGGGCUGAGAUUGGUGAAUUUGUUGAGUAUGAUCUGGAUAAUGAGGAUGAAGACUGGCUUGAAGGGUUUAACAAUGAAAGGAAGAUUCUUUCAUCUGAAAAGUUUGAGACCCUUCUCUUCAAGUUAGAAGUUUUAGAUCAUAAAGCUCGAGAAAGAGCAGGAGUUAUAACGCCUACCUUUGGAGCUCCAAUUCUUGUUCUUUUAUCGCUUGAUGCCGCAGCGGAGGCUUUAGAGUCUUUGUCUAUACGAUUCGCGAUUUUGCAGUCAGUAUAUAACUAUUGGAAAGCAAAGCGAGAACAGUGGCAAAAACCUAUUCUGCGUCACCUGCAGCCUCCUCCCCCAGUCAAUGAUACAAAUCCGUAUAAUGUGUUCAGACCCAGGGAAAAGGCACACCGUCUUCACACCAGGAGGAUGCAAAGGAGGGAAAACAGCAUUCAGUCCUUUGAAAAACUUAGACAGGUCAGACGUAGUUUGGACCAGGCAAAAAAAGUAGUGGAAGCUCUGAUUAAGAGGGAAGUGAAGAAGCGAGAACUCAUAGAAUGUGAGGUCAACCUUCAACGAGCCCAAAUGAAGUAUAAGCAUGAGGCACAGAUUGUCGAAGAUAAAAUUGCAUUGCCAGGAUUACAAGUUACAUGCAAGUUGGCCUCAAGUGAAGAUGAUUAUAUGGACUCGGAUGAUACAACAAAUGGUCACCCACACGCUGGGCUUGCUUCUAUCCAUUCAAAAUAUGCAGACUCCAAGCUUGUGAUGGUCCCUACAGGCCGGAUAAAGCGAGAAUUGAAACAGAGACCUAUGUCAAAUGGAUGGCUACAGAAGAGGGAUACUGAUGAGCCUAUAUUGCUAUUUACAAGACCACUGGAUCCUCACAAGCUUGCGGCUGUAGGCAUUAUGCAGCCACCUGAGAAUGGCCCAGUUGCACCAACGUACCGCUUCCAUGGCAGGAUCGGACGAGGAGGGCGGAUAAUAUUCGACCGGUGCAACCCUCUUUUAAGAGAUCCAAUUGGCCAGCAAAGCUUCCCUCACGUGUCAUAUCCAAGGUCUCCCCCUCCAAAUGGUUAAAAUGGUGGUACUUACAUAUCAUCUGCAUGAUUUGCCGGUGAAGAUCAAUGUGUUGGAGAAGCACGAACAAGCCUUGGAUUAUUACUUAAGCUCUUGAGAUUUACUUGAUAUAGAUAGACCAGGAGCAAUGAAGCAGCAAGGAGCAAUGAAAUUGAAGACCAAAAACUGACUAAAGCACAAGGAAUGG